CCUCCUGUCUGGGCAGAAGGGGGGAUUUCAGGGCUGUGUCUGGGUGGUAAUGGUGGUCUCUGUGUUGACAGCUUCCCUCACCCCACCCCUGCUGAGGGCCGUGGCAGACGGGCACCAUUUGCUGGUGGAGCUGGCAGACAUGGGACCCUCCUUCCAGUUCCGGGUGCUCUACUGGAGGAAGGGCCAGGAGAGCAGGGUGCAGCAGAAGGUGCUGAAGGAGGUGAGCUCCGUGGUUCACCUGGACACCAUGGAGGCAGGAGCUGAGUACUGUGUGAAGGCUCAGACACACGUGGAGGCCAUCAACAGGAGCAGCAGCUUCAGCCCCACACAGUGUGUGAGGGCUCAGGGUGACAAAUCCAUGUGGCUGGUUACUGCCCUCAUCUCCUCUGCUGGCUUUGCUGCAGCAGCUUUUACCCUGCCUUUCCUUACCUGGAAAAUAAGGAAAAUCUUCCAAUACUCCUGCUGCCCCGCUGGUGUCCUGCCAGACACACUGAAGGAAUCAGAGCCACCCACCCAGCUGAUCCUGCGGGGCAGUGAAGAAGCUGAACAAUGUGACCUGAUGGUGGUUGUGAUGCCCUCAGAAGAAGUUCUCCAGCUGUGGAUUCAAAAAACACUUUAGAGCAGCCCAGAAAACAGACAGCCCCUUUGUAGCAUCUCCAUCCAUCUUCAUCAAAAGCAAGUAAAGGUGGCAGCUGCCAGUUCCUGUCCCUGUCCUUCACACCCUGACCCAGGAGCAGACAUGGGGUGAGCCACGCUCCCUUUUUCAGCCACACUGCUGUUCCCAAGGCAGAGCUGACCAGAGCAGCACCUGGAGAGCCCAAUCCCUCAGCUCCAAAUCAUUUCAGCCUCGGUGUUUUUACCUCAGUAAGAGCUUCUUAUGUAGCUAAGCCAGCUGGAAUGACCAGGGGAAAAAAUGCAGAUGCUGAAGUGAGGUCAUGUUCUUUGAAAAGGGCACGAGGAGAUGUGGCAUCCUAAUCUAUGCACGUGACUGUCACAGUGCUGGUGCCACCAAAACUGACAGACAGCACCGUGAGGGAUGCCUGGCUUUCACCAGUGCUUUGGAAGGAGUGAUGUGGGAAACAGCCAGAUUUCAGAAGUGUUUAGAGGGAGCUCUGCAAGACCAGCAAAGCAUCACUGACAGUGUGCAGCUCCAGUAUCACCCAGUCAGAGUGUCAAAAAUGCAAACACUGUGUACACAUGAAGGAAAAACCAGGACCUUUAGGGAAAAGAAAAUUAGGGGUGAACUAUUUAAAUGAGAAAGGAUUUGAGUAGAGAAAGAUUGGGAAAAGACAGAGAAAGGUAGGCUCCAGAAAUAGUAAAAGAAAUGGGAAAAGAGAAAAAAAAGAUACGUGAAUAGUGGUCAGGAUUUUCCUGGGUGCUUGCUGGGUAUCCCUGUGGUUCAACACCACACCCAAAACAGAACAGUGAUUAUUUCACACAAGGCAGAUGCGUUGCUCUGGUCAAGAGGGACAGAGUGAGGGGUAGAUGCAGUUCUUAUCUUGGCAAACACAGGAAUAUCAGGCUGGAUGGACCAAGCAUUGCCAUUUAGUGACCAUCCCAGGCCUGACAACACCAUUAUCCUCCAGGCACCUUGUCCUCUUGAGGAAGGAAAUUGCAAAAGACAAGAGAAAUUCCUUCUAAAUACAGCUAAAAUACAGGUGUUGUCUAUAUGGCAAUUAUGGCUGUCAUAUUGGAAAAAAGCCAUUUUUUCACCUGUAAAGCAGAGACUUGUGUCAGCAGGGCAUGAAAAGACAUUGAUCUGAGAAGCUCUUUUCAAAAGCUCUUCGUGGUUUUAAUGAAAUGCAAGACAUCUCAAAGAAUGCACCUUUUCCAGUUCCAUUCUUGCAACCUUGUGUGAGGCCAUCGGGUGGCAACAAAGCACCAUGGAAAGGCAGAAUUGGCUCAGGAGUCUGUACCUGUGCUCUGCCUGGGCAAUGGGAUCCCUGGCUCCUGGCCAGCCCCUCAUUUUCCUGUUGCAGCCCACUUGUUUGGUGUAUUCCUGUCUCAUUAGCUUCUUUCUGGACAAUAUUGGAGUGCAGUCCUUUGGUGUUGAAUUGUAAGAUAGAUAUUGCUGAAUAUUGAGCAAAUUAUAGGGUGAGAAAAUCCAUGUAGGUCUGGGCAUUGAAGACUCAGUGUUCUUUAUUAGUUUGUUGAUAAUUAGCUGGGAAAUGCCUGGCCACAAGCACCCAUGAGAUGCUGGGCCCAGAGAUGAUUUGGAAGCAGAGAGGAAAAGGGCAUUUUCAUGGGCAGAAAUGACAAGUGCCCAGCAGGUCUCACCCUCCCUAAAUCAAGCUGGGCAGCAAUGGCAGCCAAGCAGGGAGUGAUGCUGGCAGUGAGCUGCAGUGUGUUUGGGAAGCACAGACAGCACAGAACUUCAGCUCCUUGCAGGGUCAAGGGCUCUUGGGCAAACACAGCUUUGCCCAGUGUUUGAAUUUUGAAGGGCAGCUCCACAUGACAGAGGCCUUGGUAGUGGGGCUGGUUUAGGGAGCUCCCCUGCCUCAGCUUUAUCCUUAUUUUAUACCCCACUGAUUCAGAUGAGUUCAGUGCCUUGACUUCUACACACCCCACAGGGGUGUCCCCAUGCAGGAAAUGAUCCUCUGGCUUGUCCACGCCAUAGGUCCAAGAAGCCUCAGCAGCUCCUCCUAUCUAUUCCCCCCACACUGCUGCAUUUUCAGAAUCACGGGAUCAGAAUCUUCUGAGCUGGAAGGGACCCACAAGGACCCACAAGUCCAGCUCUUAAGUGAAUGGCCCAUAUGGGGAUCACACCCACAAUCUUGGCAUGAUCAGCACCAUCCUCUAACCAGCUAUGGCAGCACCAGCAACUGUUCAGGGGUAUCUAGAAAAGAAGGGAAAUGAAAGGCCAUUGAAUGUGAAAGGCUUUUAAAAAAUUAUUUUCAUGUGUAUUUUCCAGCUGCACAUUAAGCAUAGAGCAUAUGUUUCUUCCUCACUUGCAAUAACAGAUUUUAUGUCCUUCCUCAUUGCCAAUAAAGCAGUUAAACUGUUGUAGAAAACUGCACAGACAACAUUAAACAAAAGAAACACCCGAGAAAAAAUUCUUAAAAUGGGGACAUGGGAGAGAACUGUGUAAGUGCCACUGCCUCCUUAGCAGACUAUUCUCAAUUUACAUUAGGAUAUUCCAGUUUAUGGCAGCUUGAAGCCAAAUUUGAGAUGGUGAUUGAAAACCCUUUUCAACCUCUUCCUUUGGAAGAAUGUGAUGCAUUUUGUUAAGCCUGAAAAUCAUGGUAGAGAACAAGAGCAAUUCCCCUGCCUGCCAUGUAGGGUGGCAUUGGCACAGGCAGCUGCUAUCCCUGACUCCUUAAUUCAUUUUCCUGCUAUCCAAAAGUUAAUUUUGGCACGGCAAACACUGCCUUUGAUAACUGAUUUCGCUCCCACCACAACGAUACCACCUUGCAAAACGGCUCAGACCAUUCACCCCAGUGAAGGAUGUGUACGUGUGAGCUUUGCUCUGUGCCUUCCCCUUCAUGAGGUACCAAGUGGCUCCAUUUCUUUCAAAAUAAACUUUUCUACUUUUCUCAAAAAGU